AUGUGCGACUCGAUGCCCGUUGACAAGGCCUUCGUCUUGAGCCAGCGCCCUUUCAACCUCCUGUCCUUCUUCACUCGGUGGAUCCAGGCAUUCACAGCAAGACUGUCUGGGAGGCAACGCUAUCGACCUUUGGCGGAGCCCGAAUCCGCCCCGGAACACCCCAUUUCCGUAGUUUGCAUCUCGGACACACAUAACUGGCAACCUGAGCUGCCGGAUGGCGAUAUUCUCCUCCACGCCGGCGACCUGACGGUCAACGGCACAUUCGAAGAACUGCAGGCACAGCUGACAUGGCUCUCCGCCCAACCACACACCUAUAAAAUCCUUGUCGCCGGCGAACACGACGUCCUCCUAGACCCACCGUUUGCACAGCGAAACCCAGACAGAUACCCCUCCGUGCCGGGAAGAACUGUCUGUGAUUUGAAUUUCGGCAGCGUCAUAUACCUCCGAGAUUCAUCCGUUACAUUACAAUUCCCAGAGCACGGAAAUGGACGUGAAGUUGCCAUACAUGGCUCGCCGUCCAUUUCAUCGAGCCCUGAUCAUACAGGAGCAUUCCACGUCCCUCGCGGCACAGACGUGUGGACAAGAGCCGUACCAGAGGGAACGGAUGUCUUGCUAACGCAUGAACCACCGUCGAAACAUCUGGACGGCGACCUACAGAGCGGCUGUGCUUUCUUGGGUCAAGAAAUUGAGCGAGUGAAGCCCCGUCUUGUCGUAUUUGGACAUGUACACGAUGGAUACGGACUGAAAACUACCAACCUUGACGAGCAAGUGGUGCCAGUCGUGGAAGACGCCAUUGACCGCCAACGAAAGGGGCUCGGUCCGCUUUUAAGAGCGGCAUGGGAGCAAGCUGGCUUCUUAUACGAAUACAUCUUCCCAGCAGCCCCUUCCUUAACGCAGGAGAUAGAGAAACCAAAAGCUGCCCUUACCACCUUCGUCAACGCCUGUUUAAUAGGCGACCUGCUGGAUGGAAAUGACAAUAUUAAUGAACCAAUCGUGACCCAUAUAUAG